AUGUAUUUAUUUCUUGAACAUUUUAUUGUAGACACAUCUCAAUUUCAUAAAGCCAGUAAAAAAGUCACAAGAUCCGUUAGGCGUUCAUCACCAUUCCACAAACAGAGUACAGGCUUCAGAACUACAAGGCUGCAUGCUAAAAAAUGGUGUGCAAUUGAGAAUGCCAAGCUUUCUCAGUCCUUCUGCAGAGGUCCUGAAUCAUCAAGAUGUACUGAAGUUGCCCGGGUACAAGCUUGUACUUUUCUGAUCAACUACAGCCACUGCUACAAAAUCCUGGGUGCAGCCACUCAAGAGUACCUUAUGUGGCAAUAG